AUGCCGAUGGUUAGACUCCCCAAGCUAGAUUUGUCUACGUUCGAUGGCGAUGUGGAAAAUUGGAUUCCGUUUCGCGACUCGUAUAAGAACCUAAUCCACGAUAAGAAGAACCUCGCCUCAGUGGAUGAGUUUCAUUAUUUGUUGGCCGCCUUGAAAGAACCGGUCAAAAAACUCCUUUAUACGAUCAGUGUAACCGAGAAAAAUUACGAUAUCGCAUGGAAUCUACUCGUGUCUAGAUUCGAUAAUAAACGUCUGUUAAUAAAAAAUCAUAUCGCUGCUCUUUUUUCUAUGGAGUCGGUAAAAAGGGAAUCAUCAUCUGCGAUCCUUUCAAUUGUGGAUCAUUUCGAGCGCCACGUCAAGAUCCUAAACACGUUGGGAGAAAAUACUGAGGAAUGGAGUUCACUUUUAGUGCAUCUAGUUUGCAGUCGUUCUGAUAGCUACACGCUGAGGGAAUGGGAAUGUAAAACUGCUGGUGAAGUAGAAUCCCCAUCGUACGUCGACCUGGUUGAAUUCCUACAAGAACAAGCCCGCAUGUUACUUUCCCUGAAAGGUGGAUCUACUGUGGACAAACCCCGAUACUCUUCUUCCCAUUCUGCUGUGUCAGCAUCUUAUUCUUCGAAAAAAACCUGCGUUGUUUGCAAUCUGCAGCACAAAAUUUACGAUUCCGAAGCGUUUAAAGUUUUGACCUUGGAACAGAAACAUGAUGUAGUUCGCAAAAAUAAACUUUGUUGGAACUGCUUGGCCACUUCUCACAUGAGUCGAGAGUGCCAAUCCAAAAAUUGCCGAAAAUGUGGGGAUAGCCAUCACACGUACCUAACCCCGUCGUCUCGCGCUGAUCUUUCAACGCCAUCUCAAACAAAGACACCUUUUUUCCCGCCAAAAUCCAAAAAUGCUCCAUCUGAGAACAACUCUCCCACAAAUGCUCCAGAAAAAACUCGCUAUCCGAUCACCUCUCCUAACCUGCACUUGUCACCAACCCCACCUGAUUCAACACCCAGUACAUCAACCGCUAUGGUAGCUGCACAUUCUACGGGCCAGAAAUCCACAGUUUUGCUGUCAACAGCGGUCGUUUUGGUUUAUGGCCCAAUCGGACCAAUGAAGGUCCGAGCUUUAUUGGAUUCGGGUUCGGAACUGAAUUUUAUAACGGAACGAGUAGUCCAGUUAUUAAAACUUUCAAAGCAAAGAGCACAGAUGCACAUUUCGGGGAUGGGGGGAGCCUCUGUUACAAGUCGUUACGCCACCGUCGCAACUAUUUGCUCCAGCGAUCAUUCUUAUCGCUGUGAUCUCUCUUUCCAAAUUUUGCCUAAGAUCACUGGAAAUCUCCCAUCUACUGUUGUAGAUACAUCACAACUGCAAAUCCCACCGGAACUCAACCUAGCGGACCCCUCUUUUGCUCUGCCUCAUCGUAUCGAUAUGGUUAUAGGUGCUCAAUUAUUCUUCUCGCUUCUUUGUGAUGGACAGCGAUACAUCUCCAACCACUCAGAGGGAUUGAGACCUAUUUUACAAAACACAGUAUUGGGUUGGGUAGUGAGCGGACCUGUACCAAUAGCAUCGAAUUCAUCUCACUCUGCGUCUGUUGCCCUUACAUGCACCACCGACGAUCUAGACUUCCAAUUGUCACGCUUUUGGGAGAUUGAGCACUGUCCUGAAGCUCGCAGCUUUUCGAAGGAGGAAUUAGCCUGCGAGAAACUUUUCACCGACACCACCACACGAGAUGAACUUGGUCGGUUUGUUGUUCGUCUACCCACCAAGCCAGAGAUGUUGUGUCAACUGGGCGACUCAGCCACAACAGCUUCAAAACGAUACCACUGGAUGCAGCGUCGGCUCUUGAGAGAUCCGAACUUACAAGACCAAUACUCACAGAUCAUGCUGACUUACGGCACUGCUUGUGCGCCUUAUCUCUCAACCCGCUGUUUAAAGCAAUUGGCAUAUGAUCACAUGAUGAUUAACAAACACGUAGCCUCUAAAAUAAGCACCGACUUUUAUAUGGAUGAUCUUAUCAGUGGGGAUCAAACAGAUGACGCAGCAAUUGAUCUCCUCUCAGAAGUCCAGGGCAUUCUGGGAUCAGCAGGUUUUGAGUUGAGGAAAUGGGCAUCAAAUUCCUCGGCAGUCCUAGCAAGUAUCCCCGAAGCUUUGAAUGAUGACCGAUUAUUCCUCGAAUUAGACAGCUCCCCCUCAAUAAAAACUCUUGGACUCAUCUGGCAUCCCAAAUCCGAUUCUUUCCACUUCAAAUCACCAGAUCUCAUUCAAAGUCAGCAACUCACUAAGAGGAUUGUUGUCUCUGAGAUGGCUCAGCUAUUCGAUCCGCUCGGAAUUCUUGGACCUGUCGUCGUGAAAGCAAAAAUUUUUGUGCAGCAGUUAUGGAGAGCAAACCUUUCUUGGGAUGAUCCGCUCUCACCCAACUUGAGUGGCGCCUGGGAGUCAUAUAGGUCGGACCUUUCAACAGUACACUUAUUUAGUGUUCCUCGACGUGCAGGCGAAAUCCAACUUCACGGAUUUUGCGACGCAUCUCAGCACGCAUAUGGGGCAUGCAUCUACGUACGGAGCUCAACUGAAGACGGCAACAUCAUUACCCACCUUCUUACCGCUAAAUCCCGAGUUGCGCCUAUCCAACAAUCCACAAUUCCUCGGCUGGAAUUAUGUUCAGCAGUUUUGUUAGGCCAUCUGUAUACAAAUCCACCGUCAAAAUUCAACAUCUACGUGGCAAAUCGAGUCGCUAAGGUGCAGCGGCUGACUGUUGGUGGUUCUUGGAAUCACGUUGCCGGUUUCGAGAGCCCAGCCGAUAUUAUUUCGAGAGGUGCUACCCCCCAAGAACUAUCUGGUAACACAUUGUGGUGGGAAGGCCCACCAUGGUUAAAAUUGGAAUCGACGAACUGGCCACGUCGGUUCACUGUUAUGGAGUCGUCUCACGUAAAGCCAGAAGAUUUAGAGGAGAAGAGCCGGCCGCUAACUGCUUGCUCGGAAAAUCCCGAUGAUCAACAAAUCCUGACCCCUGGCCACUUCCUAAUCGGCGAUGCACUGAAGGCUAUUCCGGAACCUGACCUGGGUGAUGUACCAACCAAUAGGCUCUCGCUGUGGCAAGCGAUGCAGCAUAAAGUUCAACGGUUUUGGAAGCUCUGGUCUACUGAUUACUUGAAUCAACUACAACAGCGCUCCAAAAACUACUUUCAAAAACCUAACGUCGUCGUGGGCAAGUUAGUGCUACUGAAGGAGGACAAUUUACCGCCGCUCAAGUGGAGCGUCGGGCGAAUCACCGCAGUGCACUCUGGCGCUGAUAACCUAGUGCAAGUCGUCGAUGUGAAGGUCCCUUCUGGUGCGGUCUUUGACCGGCCGAUCUCAAAGAUCUGCCUGCUACCAUCCAACGACGCUGAAGAUGGUCCGUCGUCAAACAACGAAUGA